AUGUCAAGAUCAAGUACCUUAUUGUGCCAUGAUAUUUAUCAAAAUAUUAACAAAACUGCAGAGAAUCAAAUAGUUUUUAAUCGAGAGAACGAGACUGUUUGUUCAUCGAGCAAAACUUGGCAUUGGUUUAAUGCCACCGCACAAGUUCCUUUGAAACAAGUGCGCUACCUAAGUUCUCUACAAACUGAAUGUCCUAGAGGUGACAGUUGGCAGUGCAUUUGUGAGUUCAGCAGACUAGAACUACUUAAAGAUAAAAUGCCAACAUUUGCCGUAAGUGUCGACUGCAGUAAUAUGCAGCUGAAGCAGCUUCCACAGAAAUUGCCACGUAACGCUAUAUCCCUCAAUGUAGCGUACAAUAAUAUUACCAGUCUUGAUGAGCUAAGCACGAAUCCAAGUUACGAUAGUCUUCGUGAAUUCAUAGCUGAUCAUAACGACAUAUCAUCAAUAAAUAAACUAGAAGGCUCAAAAUUUUUAGAUAGCUAUGCCUAUCUUAGCUUGAGGCAUAACAAAAUAAAAUCGCUUCCAACAUACUUGUGGGUCAGUAACGUGAAUGACAAGAACUAUGUUAGUAACAAAUACGGUGUAAAAUUUGGAGGAAAUGAGUUACAUUGCGACUGCAAUACAGCCAAAUAUUUAAAGAUGUGGUUACAGACCAAAGUAUUAGAUUAUGAUGAGGUGCUGUGUGAAAAUGUCAAGGAAAGAGUAAUUGAUUUAGAUUCGACAAAGAUGUGUGUUUAUCCUGCAGACUGGACAGACUACAUUUAUUAUAUCAUUGCGUCGGAAAUUCUAUUAUUAAUUAGCAUCAUUAUAAAAGUAUCUUAUGAUUAUUGGGUAUUCAAAACAUCAGGAUUUCUACCUUGGCCAGCUAAUAAAAUGCCCAAACUUCCUUGUGACUGGUUAUGUGAGACCUGAACAAUGUAAAUCUAUUAGCAAUACAUUUAUCUACAAACUGUGACAUUUAAUUGCUUUCACAAUUAUCAGACUUUGACUGUCAAACAGUUGUUAUUUCAAUAAAGUGAU